AUGGUUAGUUUGAAGCACUUUCCUCUGGAAAUUGAUAACGUCACAGAGAUCCAAGAUAUUACUGUCACUACAGUUUGUGUCUCCACUGAUGCUGGCUUCCAAUGUGAGUGUGAAGAGCAGUUUGCUUGGCCGUACAGCACCUGCAUCACAUAUGGAGCGUGUGACUCUAUAUCAGGUGGUAUCUGUACAUGCAUCAAAGGAUUCCCAGCUGAUGGCUCAUCCUGUCAGCUAAUAUCAGAGUUGCUUGUUCAGACUGAAUAUGAAAUUGAUGUGGAGCUGAAUGUAACAGAUGUUGCAACAGUGGAUUUCCUCAGAAUUCUUCUGAACAAUGGGAGCGCUUUUACUACAAACACUGUAGUGAAUGUCACACAGAUUGCCUUCACUACAGUUUGCUCUCCAAUCGGCGGUGGUUACCAGUGCAGAUGUGAGGAUCAGUAUCGUUGGUCAUGUGACCAGUGUCAAACAUAUGGAUCAUGUGACAACAUAACUGGAGACACUUGUGGAUGCAUUAAUGGCAUUCCUGCUGAUGGACAGUACUGCCAGUCUCUGGAUCAAUACAACUUUACAAAUUGCUCAGAUACCACAACAGCACCCCCACCAUUUGUUUAUCUCUACAUUCUUCAUGUUGAGCUGAACAGUACAGAUGUUGAAGCUGUUAGAGAACUGAGGAAAAUCAGCUACCCCAUCAGCAUCAACAGCUACAUAGAGAUCUCUGAUGUUAACAUCACUACCGUUUGCUCUCCAAUCGGCGGUGGUUACCAGUGCAGAUGUGAGGAUCAGUAUCGUUGGUCAUGUGACCAGUGUCAAACAUAUGGAUCAUGUGACAACAUAACUGGAGACACUUGUGGAUGCAUUAAUGGCAUUCCUGCUGAUGGACAGUACUGCCAGUCUCUGGAUCAAUAUAACUUUACAAAUUGCUCAGAUACCACAACAGCACCCCCACCAUUUGUUUAUCUCUACAUUCUUCAUGUUGAGCUGAACAGUACAGAUGUUGCAGCUGUUAUAGAACUGAGUAAAAUCAGCUACCCCAUCAGCAUCAACAGCUACAUAGAGAUCUCUGAUGUUAACAUCUCUACCGUUUGCUCUCCAAUCGGCGGUGGUUACCAGUGCAGAUGUGAGGAUCAGUAUCGUUGGUCAUGUGACCAGUGUCAAACAUAUGGGUCAUGUGACAACAUAACUGGAGACACUUGUGGAUGCAUUAAUGGCAUUCCUGCUGAUGGACAGUACUGCCAGUCUCUGGAUCAAUACAACUUUACAAAUUGCUCAGAUACCACAACAGCACCCCCACCAUUUGUUUAUCUCUACAUUCUUCAUGUUGAGCUGAACAGUACAGAUGUUGAAGCUGUUAGAGAACUGAGGAAAAUCAGCUACCCCAUCAGCAUCAACAGCAACAUAGAGAUCUCUGAUGUUAACAUCUCUACCGUUUGCUCUCCAAUCGGCGGUGGUUACCAGUGCAGAUGUGAGGAUCAGUAUCGUUGGUCAUGUGACCAGUGUCAAACAUAUGGAUCAUGUGACAACAUAACUGGAGACACUUGUGGAUGCAUUAAUGGCAUUCCUGCUGAUGGACAGUACUGCCAGUCUCUGGAUCAAUACAAGUCAACCACUCCUACACCUCCAAUUAAUACAACAUUCCAAGUUCCCACCAGGAACACUUCAAUAGCUUCAACAACAGCUGCAACAACUAAGCAUGUAACCCAUCAAUACAACCUGUUUAUUGAGCUGAAAACCACAGAUGAUGCAGCUGUAGGAAAGAUACGAAACCUCAGCUUCACCAUUAGCAUUAACAAUGACCUACAGAUCUCUGAUCUUAAGAUUUCUACAGUUUGUUUCCCCAAUAAUACAACCUACCAGUGCAGAUGUGAGGAUCAGUAUGCCUGGCCUUGUGACAUGUGCUCCACUUUUGGCGAAUGCAGCAACAUUCAGGACAAUACCUGUAGAUGCAUCAAUGCUCUUCCUCCAAAUGAUACUUAUUGCCAGCCACUGUCAGAACUUGAUACCUGUCGGAUGCAAACUACUAUUGGGACAACAACCAUUACACCUUUCGUUAACACUUCAACUUCAGAUUCUGCUACUACAGCCUCAACUUUUGGAACUUCAACACAAGCUGCCACUAAUGCUACAACAAAUACAACAGCUUUGACAGAUUCAACAACUGAGGCCUCAACUGGGUUUAACACAACAGCACCUACAACCCUAGUAACAGAUUCAUUGCCUGUUUUUACUAAUGCGACAACUACUACACCACAACCCAUGACGUCCUCAGUGACAAAUUCAACAACUGAGGCCACAACUGGGUUUAACACAACAACACCUACAACCUUAGUAACAGAUUCAUUGCCUGUUUUUACUAAUGCAACAACUACUACACCACAACCCAUGACGUCCUCAGUGACAAAUUCAACAACUGAGGCCACAACUUGGUUUAACACAACAACACCUACAACCUUAGUAACAGAUUCAUUGCCUGUUUUUACUAAUGCAACAACUGCUACACCACAACCCAUGACGUCCUCAGUGACAAAUUCAACAACUGAGGCCACAACUUGGUUUAACACAACAACACCUACAACCUUAGUAACAGAUUCAUUGCCUGUUUUUACUAAUGCAACAACUGCUACAACACAACCCAUGACGUCCUCAGUGACAAAUUCAACAACUGAGGCCACAACUGGGUUUAACACAACAACACCUACAACCUUAGUAACAGAUUCAUUGCCUGUUUUUACUAAUGCAACAACUGCUACACCACAACCCAUGACGUCCUCAGUGACAAAUUCAACAACUGAGGCCACAACUGGGUUUAACACAACAACACCUACAACCUUAGUAACAGAUUCAUUGCCUGUUUUUACUAAUGCAACAACUGCUACACCACAACCCAUGACGUCCUCAGUGACAAAUUCAACAACUGAGGCCACAACUGGGUUUAACACAACAACACCUACAACCUUAGUAACAGAUUCAACAACUGAGGCCACAACUUGGUUUAACACAACAACACCUACAACCUUAGUAACAGAUUCAUUGCCUGUUUUUACUAAUGCGACAACUACUACACCACAACCCAUGACGUCCUCAGUGACAAAUUCAACAACUGAGGCCACAACUGGGUUUAACACAACAACACCUACAACCUUAGUAACAGAUUCAUUGCCUGUUUUUACUAAUGCAACAACUGCUACACCACAACCCAUGACGUCCUCAGUGACAAAUUCAUUGCCUGUUUUUACUAAUGCGACAACUACUACACCACAACCCAUGACGUCCUCAGUGACAACUACAACUACAGAGAAAUCUACACCUGCACCUUCUACCAGUGCCUCAACAACUUCAAUCAGUGCCUCGACAGCUACAAGUAUGACCAGUGUCUCGACAACUACAACUACAGCCAGUCCCCAGACAACUCUGACUACAACCAGUGCCCCAUCUACCAAGACCACCACAACUACUACCAAUGCACCCAAACCUUCUACCUCCUCAACUAAAGGCACUACAGCUUUGGCUUCUACCACAAUAACUUCUGAAAGACCUGUUGAAGCAACUGACAUACCGAUGUCAGUCGAGCUAGACCUGGAAUUCAUCGAUAAGUACAACGAUAAAACCAGUCAGGAAUUCCGAGACCUUUCAUCAAGAAUUGCUGAAGCACUUGGGGAGCCGUAUACACGUCUGACUGGAUACAUUGGAGUUUCUGUGACAGAUCUUAGGCCAGGCAGUGUUAUUGCAGAUUUUACUGUGAAGAUGUCUGGACCAGUUGAUCUGACUGAAAUCACUGAGGCCAAUUCAAGGCUUGAUAAAGCAUUGGGGCCAAUUGCUCGUGUUCUUGCUACACCGACUGCAGAGUACAACACUUAA